UCUUGUGGUUUCAAUAAACCCAUGUAAUCUAUAUCAAUAUAUAAUUCAUUAGUAAAUAAUGAGAUAUGGAUCAAUUUAGUUCGCACUCACCGGAACAGAUAAGUUUGUCGCACUGUAAUAAAAGCGUCCUUGGUUAUUGAUCAAAUUGUUGCCAUGACUCCAAGCAAAACAAAAUCAAUAAUUAUUGUUAGAUCAAUAGACACUGACUCUUUCUUACAAAUUACAAACCUUUCAGUCAGUACAACGAUAGCACGUAAUAUCUACGAAUUAAGCUCCCAAAAUGGCGAGAGCCCCAAACGGUGAUCUUUUAUCUUAUGGCAACAAGCGGCACGGCCUAUCAUCAGUCAGCCAAUGGCAUCUACACAACUGCAACGUACUUAAAGGAGAUAUCAUCGGAAUAACUGACGAAAAUACUUCGAGAACCAAAAACUGCAUCGUCAAAGUAAACCAAACAUCGUCCCAUGACUUCAAAGAUAGUACCGAUCAGUUGCAACAAAGAGCCAGACAUAUCAACUAUUGGAAAUCAGAAUUAGAACGAGCUAUAAGGGACAUAGAUGAAGAAAUAGCCGUUUUAGAAACGCAAAGACAGCAGUUGAAGAAUGCUAUGGAUACGCUUAAAAUACCGGAGUAUAUAACCGAAGAAUGUUUGACAUUGAGAUGCAAUAGAAUGCAGUCGGAUCUCAUAUACGAUUCACCGCAAGAGGCACUGUUCACUGAAGCAACUUUGAUAGAUAACGUUAAAAGGCUACAAAGCGAAAUGCUAAGAGACAUUGAGAGACAAAUGCAAAUGAACAUAGCAGCAAAAGAGGAGUUAGAAAGGGAUUGGAGCAAUAAAUACAUGGCGUUUAAAUACGAAUCGGAAAACGUAGAUUUGCAGACCAAAUCUGAAAACGUGAAAGAUUCAGCAGGUGCUACAAAACUAGCAGAGGGUCAAUCGAACGUUCCAUCGUGGGAACAAAACACUAUCAAUAUUCUGAACCAGUUCAAAAGCGCUUCUGAUAAAUCUAAAGAAUUGAGAGUUAGAGUCGACGCAACUUUAAUAAACACAUCCAGAGACCUACGAUCACAAGACAUAGCUGUAAACAAAGCGUUAAGCGAAAGGAUAGCUAGAACUGAACAAGCAAAAACAGAACUGGAAAACCAAUUAAAACUAACGCUAGAGAAAAUUGUUGAAACUGAAAACGUACUUGCAACUCUACACGAAGAAAUGCUGAAAGUGUCUCAAAGGAUUCAAGUGGCUCAGACGCGGCUAAACAUCAAAAGUUGUAGGCCGAAUGUUGAGAACUGUAGGGAAGGGUCAUUAAUAAGUCUUAUAGAGGAGGUAAGGGAUUUGAAUGACAGUAUGAGUUUGCUUCAACGAAGGUCUUUGACGACGGAGACUUUGAGGGCUGAUUUGAUUCAAGAACGAUCGAGGCUGGAGAAUGAAAUCACGGUGAAGAAGAAAUCUUUGUUUAUUGACAAUGAGAGGUGUCUGUUUUUGAGAUCGCAUUACCAGACAGCUGAAAAACUGUGCGGUUACUAGAUCAAUAUCAAUAUACAAUAGCUAGUAUUGUGAGUUUUGCUUAAAUAUUUUGUACUUAUAUGCUUAAGUAUCUAUUGUUGUAAUUUAUGCACGAACAUCCGUAAAAUAAAUAUAAGUAUUUGCGUGAAUGUUGUAGAAGAUUAAAAUUAUUCUAUUAGAAUCAUUUGCAUUUAUAAUAAGUACAUUACUAAGAGGCUUCAGUAAGAUUUAAGGUUUGUAAUUUUGUAAGGACUGAAUAAAGCUAAUAAAAGCCCAACAUGAUAAUAGCGUUUCUGCGUUUUCAGAUCGCAAUUAAUAUGAAAUGAAAUGAAAUCGUUUAUUUUUCGACGUAGAAUGUUAGAAUUACUUGUCGAAAGUCAUGAUCUACCACCAUUUCACAAAGGCCCCGUCAUUAAGGAGGAAAGAAAUGGCGAAAGAAACUCCUCGAGCAUCUUUUCAACUUUUUGCUUAAAACUAAUACAAUUUUACUUAUAUCUAGUUAAUAAUACAAUUUUACUCAAGCAUAUCCAUUUCAUUUUUCCAAAUGCCUUAGCUGAGGUGGACAAGACCACGCGUUUUUAUCGUUUAGAUAAUCAUUAAUACUAUAAUAAGCUUUACUACAUAAUGUCGUUUUUACAAAAUUCUUAAAUUUAGUCUCAGUAAGGUUUAGUGUUUCAUUUGA